GAGCGGCGGGGCUGACGGGCGGCACGGCUGCUGCGUCCGGGCUGAGAGGCGGGAGAGGCGCCUGUGGCCGCCGCCGCCGCCGUCGUCGUCGUCGUCCCCGCCGGGACGAUGUUUUCCUUCUCGACCGUGCAGCCGCAGGCUACUGUUCCUCUGAGUCACCUUAUCAAUGCCUUUCAUUCACCAAAAAGCUCCACUACUGCCAGCAGAGCAUCUGUACAGCCUGUGCAGAGGGACACCUCCCCAGAGCAUGAUCCUCAGAAGAGUGAGUCUGUACUUAAUUUAAGAGAUCUGGGAUUGUCUGAUUUGAAAGCUAACCAGUUCAGAGAGUUGGUGAACAGGUUACUUCCUGGCUACUGUGCUGAAAGCAAAGUCUCUUCGCAGUGGCAUACAUCGCACAUCUCUGCAGAGUCCUUCUUUGAAAAUAAGCAUGGUUUCGUGGAUGUUUUCAGUGCUUUACGCUCACCUUAUUUGUACAGACAGCAUCCUAAUCCCCUCCAAAAUUUCUGUUCAGAUGUUCGGUGUUGGCCAGUUUAUGUACAAUCACGGACCUUCAAGACUUUGAGAUCGAGAGCAAGACGUCUGCAGUCAACAUCUGAACAAUUCACAGAAACAAAAAAUUCACUUUCUUCACUUUUGAAGGGCUUUGUCCUGAGAAAGCGAAGAAUUGAUGUUGAAAACUUAGAUACGCUAAUGAAAACAAAGAACAUCCCAGAGGCACACCAGGAUGCUUUUAAAACUGGUUUUGCAGAAGGCUUUUUGAAAGCACAAGUAUUCCUGCAAAAAACACUUGAUUCCUUGCGAAGAUCACGUUUGCUUUCUUUCUUUCUCUUCGUUCUUUGUUUUUAUCUUGCUAUUUAUUCAUCAUUUUUACCUGGGAAAGGCUCCUUUUCUGAUGCUGUACGCUUUCGAACAUCGAGUAUCUUUGAUGCAGCAGUUGAUCCAAUCCAGCUGAAAAAUGUCACCUUUGAACAUGUAAAAGGGGUUGAAGAAGCUAAACAGGAAUUGCAAGAAGUUGUGGAAUUCCUGAAAAACCCUCAUAAAUUUACUGUACUAGGAGGUAAACUUCCAAAAGGUAUUCUGUUGGUUGGACCACCAGGUACUGGUAAAACUCUUCUUGCACGGGCAGUAGCUGGUGAAGCUGAUGUGCCAUUUUAUUAUGCAUCUGGAUCUGAGUUUGAUGAGAUGUUUGUUGGGGUGGGAGCUAGUCGCAUCCGAAGCCUGUUCAGAGAAGCAAAGGCAAAUGCACCAUGCGUUAUAUUUAUUGAUGAGUUGGACUCUGUUGGUGGGAAGAGAAUUGAAUCUCCAAUGCAUCCCUAUUCAAGACAGACCAUUAAUCAACUUCUUGCUGAAAUGGAUGGGUUUAAACCUAAUGAAGGUGUUGUUAUUAUUGGUGCAACAAAUUUCCCUGAAGCAUUAGAUAAUGCUUUGAUACGUCCUGGUCGCUUUGAUAUGCAAGUUACUGUUCCCAAGCCUGAUGUGAGAGGUCGUACCGAAAUCCUCAAGUGGUACCUUAAUAAAAUAAAGUAUGAUCCAUCUGUUGAUCCAGAAAUAAUUGCACGAGGCACCGUAGGAUUUUCUGGAGCAGAGCUUGAGAAUCUUGUAAAUCAAGCUGCCUUAAAGGCAGCUGUUGAUGGAAAAGAAAUGGUAACCAUGAAAGAACUGGAAUUCUCCAAGGACAAAAUUUUAAUGGGACCUGAACGUAGGAGUGUAGAAAUUGAUGAGAAAAACAAAACCAUCACUGCUUACCAUGAAUCUGGACAUGCUAUCAUUGCAUAUUAUACUAAGGAUGCGAUGCCAAUCAACAAGGCUACAAUCAUGACACGAGGAACAACACUUGGACACGUAUCUUUGCUCCCAGAAAAUGACAGAUGGAGUGAAACUAGAUCCCAGUUGCUUGCACAAAUGGAUGUCUGCAUGGGAGGAAGAGUAGCAGAAGAGCUCAUAUUUGGAAGUGAUCACAUCACAACAGGUGCUUCCAGUGAUUUUGACAAUGCUACUAAAAUUGCAAAACUGAUGGUGACUAGAUUUGGAAUGAGCGAGAAGCUUGGUGUUAUGACCUAUACUGACACUGGGAAAGUUAGCCCUGAAACUCAGUCUGCAAUUGAACAGGAAGUAAGAACACUUCUGCGGGACUCGUACGAGCGAGCAAAGAACAUCCUGAAGACUCACGCUAAAGAACACAAGAAUUUAGCAGAAGCUUUAUUGAAAUAUGAGACUUUGGAUGCCAAAGAAAUCCAAAUUGUUUUAGAGGGGAAAAAACUAGAAGUAAGAUGAUAAGUUCUGGGAUACAGUAACUGAGAAUCUGAAGAAUGUACAUCUAGCAAUGCAGUAGUCUUACGCAGCAUAGCCUUUUUUUCCCCUCCUGAUGUGUGUAUGGCAUUAGUGACACUUUAAUAUUAUUCUGUCUCUUGUGAGCUUCUGUUACUCAUCUGUUUGUUGUGUCUCAUCAGAAUAAGACACAAAAUAAAACAAGUUCCUCAUUGUCUGCUCCCUAUAUUCUUCCCACAAGAAUUUAUCCUUCCGAAUAAAUCUCAGGGUUAAAUUCAGCAUUUUGAUUCCGUCAGAUGUGUUGAAGCUGAGAAGGAAACCAUGCAGAUGUGCUGGUGUUUUGGCACAGCUUCCUGGGCCGUGAUGCUGCAGGAGUGAUACCCCACAAUGUGCACAAUGGAAUCUUCUAUGAAUAGUGACAGAUUUGUCAAAAAGUAGUAUGUAGUCUAAUGCUCAUACUCGGAGGCCAGAGAUCACUUAUAACGAAGACUUCUUAUUUGGAAAUGUAACCAACCAUCUCUAAGAAUGAAGCAGCUAUACAGUGCAUAUCUACUAAAGGGAAUUGUGGGAGCUACAUGUUAGACAAAGACAUUUGUGGUGGUGUUUUCAGUGUUCUUGGGGCUGGGAGAGAAAUACUAAUGCAAAAGCAAUGGGCUAAAUGUGUGUAAGCCUCUUUCAACUAUGUUUUGGGCAGAACCAUGGCAGGGAUAAGAGAAAUGCCUGUGACCUCUGAUGUGCUGCUGACAAGAUUCUUAGAUUUAUUUUUUUUUUAUGGCAGUAGAUGGAGAACAUGGCUUUGAUGUCAGUGCUUUUACACUGCUGGAGAUUCUGCAGGUCUAGUUUCUACUGAUACUGUGUAUGGGCAUUUGAUAAUCUGACAAGUCAUUUCUUCAAAGAGGGCAAUAUUGCUCACUACAGAGAAGUUCAGAAAAUGUUUGAAGCAUAUAUUGUUUCAAAUAACAUUCCCAGAUCUGUUCUACAGUAGAAGUAGGGAAAUAAAACCUUUUCUUUCAGCCCUUACAGAAAUCUUUGGAAAUUGUAGGAUAAUAAGUUUUUGAAAACAAAAGCAGUUUCCAGUCAAGUGGAAGUGAUUGCUGGCAAUUAUAUGCCGGCAUUCUUCUGAUCUUAUGGCACUGGUUUUUUAGGAAUAACUCAUCUUGAUAAUCUUUCUGCACAAUUCUUUGUAGACUUACAAACUUCUGUUGCAGAGGAGGCCUUUAUUAGCACAUUAAUGUUGAAGGUUGGACACCUUGUUGAGUGUUGCAUACUUGGACAUUAAAUAGUUGGGGUGGUGCCAAUAAAUGUGACUGGAAAUUGGUAGCUAUACUUAAACUAGAAGUAACAUAGUAUUUUAGAAUUUUCCAAGUGUAAUGCUUGAUUAUAACCUACUUUUUUAGUAAGAGUACAUGCAUUUUUUUUCUUUCAAAACCAGGGUAACUUUCUAUUUGCCUAUUUUGUUAGCCUACUAUAGUGACAACCCAGCACAGUGUGGGAGAACUUUCAGAUGUUACAAAACAGUAUACCAAAUGUCUAGGCUGACUAGUUAGAGUUGUACAUGUAUUGUAGGAAUAUGCCAACAGAAACAGAAAUACACCGCAUAUUUGGCUUCUGUUUUUUGAGUAAUAAAGGUUAAUUUUAAUUA